CAAACAGGAGCGGUGGCGGCUCCGGCUGCUCCUGAGGUGGCGGCAGGAGAGGGGAGAGGCUGCGGACCGGGACCGCCGCGACCGUUGGCGCGGGCGAGGGCGUCGGUAGCUUGGCGGCCGGAGUGCGGGCGACAGCAUGGCCAGAUAAUCUGUGCGGCAGCGGGGUUCGCUGACACUUUCCUGCCUUCUGAGAUCAACAUGGGGAAAUUAUCUCCAGAAGCUGUUUUUCUUUCCGAGUGCGGUAUAAGCUGAUGUAAUGCUGUCUUCCUAAACGUCCAUAAGCGAGUACUUUCGUAACCAUGAUAGAAGACAAAGGUCCACGGGUGGCUGACUAUUUUGUAGUGGCAGGACUGACUGAUACAGAUGCUGCAAACCUCUUGGACCAAGAAAUAAGCCGUCAUGAAAGUGGUCCGAAGGCUCCAAUUACUGACAUUGCUGUGAUAAUUAAAUCAGCUGGUGAAACUGUCCCAGAGGGAUACACCUGUGUUGAAGCCACCCCUACAGCCCUCCAAGCCAAUCUAAACUAUGGAAGUCUUAAGAGUCCUGAACUUUUUCUCUGCUACAAGAGAGGCCGAGACAAACCACCUCUUACUGACAUCGGAGUUCUAUAUGAAGGGAAGGAACGUAUCAUUUCAGGCUGCGAAGUGGUUCAAGCUACUCCUUAUGGUCGUUGUGCUAAUGUUAACAAUAGUUCAGCUUCUUCUCAACGGAUCUUUAUCACAUAUCGAAGGGCUCCUCCAGUACGGCCUCAAAAUUCAUUGGCAGUGACAGAUAUCUGUGUUAUUGUUACCAGCAAAGGAGAAACUCCUCCUCACACAUUCUGCAAAGUUGAUAAGAACUUAAAUUGUGGUAUGUGGGGUUCCAGUGUGUACCUUUGUUAUAAGAAGUCUGUGCCAGCUUCUAACUCUAUAGCAUAUAAAGCUGGCUUAAUUUUCAGAUAUCCUCAGGAGAACUAUGAAUCAUUCCCACUGUCAGAAUCUGUACCUCUCUUCUGCCUUCCUAUGGGAGCUACUAUUGAAUGCUGGGACCCUCAAACCAAGUAUCCACUACCAGUCUUUUCAACAUUUGUACUGACCUGUUCCUCUGCAGAAAAGGUUUAUGGUGCUGCUAUUCAGUUUUACGAGCCUUAUCCUCGGGAGCUGCUAACAGAAAAGCAACAAUUGCAGUUGGGUCUCUUGACAGCUGUAGAGAGAAAAGUGGUUACUUCCAAGUCCAUCAAUUCUAAUAAAUGUAUCUGCCUUCUUUCACACUGGCCUUUCUUUGAUGCAUUUCGAAAAUUUCUUAUGUUCAUCUACAAGCUCUCUGUCUCCGGACCUCAUCCUCUUCCCAUUGAAAAGCACAUUUCCCAUUUUAUGCACAAUAUACCUUUCCCUUCACCACAAAGACCAAGAAUUCUUGUGCAGCUUUCUGCACAUGAUGCAUUAAUAUUGUCCCAGCCAGUUUCUACUCCACUGCCAUUAAGUGGAGCAAACUUCAGCACUCUACUCAUGAAUCUUGGACCGGAAAACUGUGCUACCCUGUUACUGUUCGUAUUGUUAGAAGGCAAGAUCCUCCUCCAUUCUCUUAGACCAGCUGUAUUGACAGGAGUUGCUGAAGCUGUAGUAGCUAUGAUAUUUCCAUUUCAGUGGCAAUGUCCAUAUAUCCCCCUCUGUCCUUUGUCUCUGGCCACCGUACUCAGUGCACCUGUUCCAUUUAUUGUUGGAGUUGAUUCACGAUAUUUUGAUCUGUAUGAUCCACCACAGGAUAUUGUGUGCAUUGACUUAGACACAAACAUGGUGUACAUAUCAGAUGAUAAGAAGAACAUAAACUGGAAGCAGUUUCCUAAGAAGCCAUGUAAAAGUCUGCUCAGCACCUUAAAGAAGCUGCACCCACAGCUGGCAGCAGUUCACAGGAAAACUCAAGAAGGUUCUGCAGUGGAGAUGACUCCUAUUGAGGCGGAUUUUUCCUGGCAGAAGAAGAUGACAGAACUCGAGAUGGAAAUCCAGGAAGCUUUCCUGCGUUUUAUGGCAUCUAUUUUAAAGGGUUACAGAACAUUCCUUAAACCUAUCACCCAGGCACCUUCGAAUAAAGCAACUGCUGCUGAUUCUUUGUUUGAUCUUCAAGGAUUUUUAAAAAGUAGAGACCGUGCAUAUGCAAAGUUCUACACACAUCUCACCAAAACGCAAAUAUUCAGCAGAUUUAUUGAAGAGUGCAGUUUUGUGAGUGACAAGGACACAGGCUUGGCAUUUUUUGAUGACUGCAUAGAAAAGCUCUUUCCGGAUAAAGGAACAGAAAAAGGAGAUAAGGUUGAUGUAGAUUCUGUCGAAGAUGCACGGUUGAUUGAGCUUGAUGAAUCACAAAAAAGUGAACACACAGUGUUUAUAAUGCCACCAGAACCUCCCCUUGAUGAUGGACAAGACCAAGCACCAAAAUACAGCUAUAAAAACUUCCCACGACUAGAUUUCAAGCUCUUUGACAGACCUCAGGAACUCAAGCUCUCCUUCAGGAGACACCCUGCUGGAAGCAACAUUUCAAAUAGUCCAGCACUCAUGGCAAAGAGGACGAAACAGGAGAUAAAAACAGCCCAUAAGUUAGCCAAGAAAUACUACGUAAGCCCUCCACAGUGGGCUAAGUGUCUCUUCAGUCACAGUUACAGCUUAUGGUUUAUUUGUCUGCCAGCCUACGUCAGAGUUGCACAUCCUAAGGUCAAAGCACUGCAGCAGGCAUAUGAUAUUCUAAUUAAAAUGAGGAAAACUGAUGUGGAACCACUAGAUGAGGUCUGCUACAGAGUUGUAAUGCAGCUCUGUGGACUGUGGGGUCAACCUGUUCAGGCUGUGAGGGUCCUCUUUGAAAUGAAAAAUGCUGGAAUACAGCCAAAUGCCAUCACUUACGGCUAUUACAAUAAGGCGGUUUUAGAAUCUCCUUGGCCUAGCAGUAACCGCAGUGGCAUAUUUCUGUGGACAAAGGUACGAAAUGUAGUUCGUGGCACAGCACAAUUCAGGCAAUGCCUAAAGAAAGCAACGCAGAGCCCACACGUACCUUUGAUAUCAGCUCUGCGGAAUACCACGGGUGGAAGUGAUGGGGACAUGGUGAGCCAUGGUAGCGUGGAUAGUUCUAACGAUGCUAACAGUGGGGAGCACACUCUCUUCGUCAGUGACUUAGUCAGGCUUGAUUCCAUUGAUAAUCACUCUAGCACAGGUGGUCAGUCAGACCAGGGCUAUGGAUCUAAGGAUGAGCUGUUAAGGGAUAAUGGAGAUAGUCUUCAUGCAACUGAAACACAAGUAGAAAAAGAUGUUUCUUCUAAAGCUGAAGAACUAGUAGGAGAGGUUUGCAUUGAGGAAUCUGAUGUGAAGAAACAGCUAAGUAUAGAAGCUCAUAGUCCAGCAGAUCCACCUGCUUGGGGUAACAGUAUUGUGAAAGUUCCAUCUGGCAUUUUUGAUAGCAGUGGAAGGAAAAACAGUGGUGAAACUGGUUCAAGCCUACUGCCCAUAACUCAGGAUUCAAUUGAAGACACAGUCUUCGGUGAUGCUCCUCCUAAGAUAACAAGUGAAAAAGGACAGAAGAGGCAGAAACUGUUUUCAGAGAGAAGCUGCAGUUUCAGCAGUGAAAGCAAAGCAGGAAUGCUGUUAAAAAAAGGGAGCUUGGACUUGCAUUCCAAAGAAAUAGCAAUAAUGAUGGGAGCAGAUGCCAAGAUUUUAACAGCAGCUUUAUCUGGGGCCAAAACUUCACUCUGUAAUACAAGUAAAUCCCACAGCUUUGACAGUGUUGUUGACCAACAGGUUUCUGGCAAAAAUGGCACAUGGAGUCAUGUUACUGAUACUGAUUGGGAAUUGGAGCACAGAACUUCGCCAGUGCUGGAAGAACCUGGGGAAGGGCAGGAGCAUCUUGAGAAUGGAAGAAAUGAAAAUGUGACUAUGGUAGAGGACAUGAAAAUUGAACAGGCAGCUGAGUCCAAAAACCAGAAAAUGGAAUCCAAAGAUGGAACUACUAAAAGGAAUAGCUUUUAUGGGGUGGUUAAGCCUAUCGAAAGGGAAGAUGUUGAAGUAGGCUUGGAUCCUUUGUCUUUGCUGGCUACUGACUGCAUCCAACCAAGAUUCCCUGAAACUGAGGAAAAGCUGGUGUCACCAGUUGCAGCACGAAAUUUGGCAGAUGAAAUUGAGAACUAUAUGAAUCUCAAGAGCCCAAUGAGUAGUAAGUUUCCCAGCAUGGAACUGCACAAACCAGACAGGGAAACAGAAGCUUCUGGUACACUUAGUCACACCCAGGAAAGGAGGUCAAGCCUGCCUUUAGAUCCCAUCCCACCACCCCCUGAGUCUUAUGAAAAUCACAGAAGUCCUUCUGUCUCCAGAUCCAAAACAUUUACUGGACGACCAAAACAACAAAUGCAUCCACGGGUUCAAAAGGAGCGAUCUUCAUCUUUGACAGGAUUGGGUCGUUCUUCUCCGCAUGGCUCCUUAGGAUCGGUUGUAACAACUUUGUCUAAUCUGAAGUUAGACAAUAUAUUGUCUGGACCAAAAAUGGAUGUUCUAAAAUCGGGCAUGAAGCAAGCUGCCAGUGUGGCCAGUAAGAUGUGGGGAGCUGUAACUUCAGCAUAUAGCUACUCAGAUGAUGAGGAAGAAAACAGUCAGGGAGACUUCAACUUCCCUGCUGGUUUUGAAGAUAGUAUUUUUGGAGAUAAUCUGUCAUUGAAAACUGGAGUCCCAGGGCUAGUUGCAAAUGAGCUUGCACAAAGCACUACUAGUCUUGGCAGUAGCAGUAGCAGUGGAGAAGCUGGAAGACUACAUUACAAUGCAGGUGAAGUUUCAUUCCCAAGAAGUAUGAAAGUUCCAGAUUCUGAGAAGUCAGAGCUCAGCUCUUCUCAUAAUACUAGUUUAUCCAGCAUUUUCCAGAACUAUGCAAUGGAGGUUUUGAUGUCAAGCUGCUCUCAGUGUAGAGCUUGUGGUGCUUUGGUUUAUGAUGAAGAAAUUAUGGCUGGAUGGACAGCAGAUGAUUCAAACUUGAACACUACCUGCCCUUUCUGUAAAAGUAUUUUCCUACCUUUACUUAAUAUUGAAUUUAAAGAUCUACGUGGCUCUGCAAGCUUUUUCCUGAAGCAAAGUACCUCAGGAGAUAGUUUACAAAGUAGUAAUAUUCCAUUAACCACGGAUCUACUGGAGCAGAAGCUGUUGUCCAGUCCAGCUGUUACUGACUUGAUCAGUUUUUCAGAUCACCCACAGUCCAGCCAUACUAUAGCUGAAGAAACUAGCUCUGCAACUGAGCAGAGUGAAGCAGCAGAAGAACAGAGCGAAGAUCCCAGAACCAUGAAGACAUCUGCCAGUAAUCCACCAAAAAGGGGGGUGUCUUUAACUCGAAGCCACAGCGUUGGAGGUCCACUGCAAAACAUUGAUCUUUCCCAGAGACCAUCUCAUGGCAUUUCAACAGUUAGUCUUCCAAAUAGUUUGCAAGAAGUUGUGGAUCCUUUAAUUAAAAGACCUAACCCUCUCCCUGUGUCUGUACCCUACUUGAGUCCUUUGGUACUGCGUAAGGAGCUUGAAUCUCUAUUGGAAAACGAGGGAGAGCAAGUAAUUCAUACAUCCAAAUUCAUCAAUCAACACCCCAUAAUCUUCUGGAACUUAGUUUGGUAUUUCCGAAGGUUAGAUCUGCCUAGCAACUUACCUGGACUUAUUCUAACAUCUGAACAUUGUAAUGGUGGAGUGGAGCUUCCUUUGACAUCUCUUGCUCAAGAUAGCAAGCUAGUAUACAUCCAGCUUCUGUGGGACAAUAUCAACCUCCAUCAAGAGCCAGGGGAGCCUCUGUAUAUAUCCUGGAGAAAUCUCAAUUCUUCUGAAAAGAAACUGUCUACAGUGGCAGAAGAUCAGCAGGCAACGAACACAUUGUUGGAGAACAUUAAACUGAGUAUUCAACAUAAUAACGUUGUUAAACCAAUCCACCUCCUUCUACAGAAAGUUAAACCAGAUGUGAAACGACAAAGGAGUUUUUACAGAGAAAUUCUUUUCCUGUCUCUGGUAUCUCUUGGAAGAGAGAACAUUGACAUUGAGGUCUUUGAUAGUGAAUACAGACUUGCACAUCAAAAUCUACCAAAAGAUGUUCUUGAAAGGAUGCAGAAAAUAGAUGCUCCACCAAGCAGCAGAGUUGAGUGUUGCCGAAAGUACUUUGGAGCACCUUUAAUAUAAAAAUGAGGAAACCACACGCUAACUUCAGCAAGACAAAAGCAAGUGAACAAACAAGGAGUAUGGGGAUAUAUACACACUUCUGAAUUGUAAAAGGUGAUAAUUGAGCAAUUUGUCAGAGUAAUUUCAUGGAUCUACAGUGUAUAACCUUGUCUUUCAUCUCAUGAGACACAGUGUAAAGUAUGUUAAAAUGUUUGUAAAAUGUAUUAAUAGGGUGAGUUGGUUUCAGUGAUUUAUCUGCAUUCUUUUAUGUAUUUGUUUUUCCUUUCUUUUCCUUAAAUCUUUACCCCCACGAUAUCAACUUGUUCAGAAAGGUGAUAAUUAAAUAGGAUAUGACAGUUGGUGAGUUUCCUAAGGGCUAUCAGUAGUUGUGUAUUUUAAUGAAAGGCCUUCCCUGUCACAGAAUGCUUAGGUCCUUCAGUACUCCUUUAAAAUGACCUUUACUUAAAGGGGAUCUUUUGCAUUGUUGUGCAGUAUAUGUGUAUGAAUGUAAAUAUUUGAGUCCUUGGAUUGGAAAUUGCAAUGCAGUUGUUUCUAACAGAUCACAGUACCUAAAAUUGCUACCCUUGCCCUUACCCUUAUUCUAAUUAAUAUUCAAAAUGGUCUUUGAGUGACCUUUUCAUAAUGUACGUCUACAGUUGUUAAACCUAGAAACUUCCCAGUUUUCCUGUCUUGUCUGUCAAACAAAUUAAAGAUCCUAUGAGCAUACUACUGUUUUCUACAAAAGCAUUAUAGGCUUCUACACUAAGCGGCUCAGAAGUUGAUGGCUUUCUACAAGUUAGGUAGGAAGCUUAGAUGACAAUAGGAUUGAAAGAAGGUAUGUCACAUAGACCUUAUCUCAAAAUAUGCUUCAUACUACAUGAAAGUAUGCUUUGAAAAUUUCUUUCUUUUGAAUUCUUUAUCACCUUCCCAUAUGGUUUCAUGCUAGCCUGUGGGUUGUUUUGCACUGAUAGUCCAAAUUUAAUAUUUCAAUUAAAAUUUCUUUAUAAAUAUGGUCUUCAAGGUGUGACUUCACAUAAAUGAAGCACUUGAAUGAAUUAUCUAAAAAGGUAAAUCCAUCUUCAGCUUACUUCUAGUAGAUAAGACACUUCCUCGCCUCACAUACCUAGUUGACAACAGUGGUCAUAUCUUUGGAAAGAAGAGCCUGGACACAGCUCUGUAGUUUAAAUUUGUCUGUUAUUUGAGAAGCAUGGCAAGAUUUAUUCCAUUUUUUUUCUAAAAUUUACUGGUGGGCUUUUCUGAUACAGUUGAUCCUGGAGAAAGAACAGAAGGAUUUGUAGCAUGUUAAAGGAGCACAGCUAAAACGGUAAUUCCAUCUGAGUAUGAAUGCAUUCACUUCAUACCAGUCUUUCUUAAAGGUUAUUAUUCUUGAAAAUAAUGAGGGAGCUUCUAGCUGAAACAACAAAAGCAACUUUUUCUUUUCUCGUAAGACUGAAACAAAGGAUUUGCACUGUUUGUGACAGAAUAUGUUUGCAUUAUGGACUGAUUCCUUGCAGUUUGUCUAUAAGUGCUGAUCCUAAGACAAUAUGGGGAUGUUGCCUGGACAGAUUAUCUCCUGAUGAAAAUAUUGUGCUAUCUCAAUGAUUAAAAGCAAAGAACACUUUUCUUUUUUGUUCUUUAUUCUUUGGGGUUUAUGCACAGUUGCUUGCAGAUUUCAGACCUCCAUCACAAUGGAAGAGUUGAGCCUGAUUCUUGAUAUUUUACCCUCUUCUCCUUUUAGAUAAUUUACAUGCGUCGUUCCAUCUUUUUAAACAAACAGAAGUCUCUGAAGCAGUCUUCCAAACAGUUUAAUACUUCUAUAUACAUUCUCCAAGCUCAUUACAUUGAAAAGAAAGUGUAUCCAUUAAGUGCUGUUUUACGUAACUGGCGGCAUUCAAAUUACUUUUACACCAUUGCAAAUAAGAUAAUAGUAAGUAACAGCAGUAUGCAGAUCACGUUCAUUGUAAAACAACCUUCUCACCUGUUGCUGAAAAUUGGGCAAUUAAUUGGGCAGUAGUAUUGUAGAUACAGCCAAAGUAGGUUGUGUCACAGCAUCUAGUGAUGACUGUUAGACUUCAUGUGGGUACACGACUAAACUAGGGGAGAAAAAAUGACAGUACUGAGGGGAAAAGAUCACUGCAAGAUUUUAGGUCAUCUUUGCAGAGGUUUUAACUUGCUUUGAUAUGCUUCUGUGUAUUGAUGUUUCUGUACACUACAAAUCAGCUUCUAUUCCUCUGCUUUGUACCUGAAUUUCAGAAUGGUGGAAGUCCUGCUUGGAAUUACCUGAAUUCAUGAAAUGCCUACUGAAAUUAAGUCUUCUAACACUGAUAUAGAGGCAGAAGCAAGCACUUAACUCUUUAUAAUUUGGAUUUUUUUAAUGCUUGGUUUUUGAUAGCUAACUGUUCAGCUGGUUCUUUAAUGAAAUCAGAAGUUCAAAUGAAAAAGGAGAACUCUGAAUUUUUUUAAACUAUUUUUUCAAUUAGUUUUCAGAAAAGGAAAUGCUUUUUUAAGAACAUAAGACAACAAUAACACAACAAAAACACAAUGCUCACCAAAAAAAAUUGAACUGGGAACCAAAGGUUUGCGUCUAAGUUGCUUUAUCUCGGAUACACGAUGGCACUUCCUGUUCCUCCUUUAAUAUUAGUCAACUGAAAAACACUUUUGUCUCUCUGAAAAUGAAUCAGGAAAGGCAAAAUACAUUCUUUUCUGCAGUUAUCAACAGUGUAAACUUCUUGGGCUACAUAGGAAUUACUUAAAUAACUAUGAAUGUUUUUGAUUUGUUUCACACCUACUCCAAAUAUUCCAAAUUUAUCUGAAUCCAUAAUGCGUAAAACAGCAUAACAGAGGUGUUGGGGAGAAGGGAGAUAGAUAAGCUUGGGUUUUGGUUCUGUUUGCCUCUCAAUGUAAGCAGAGAAAGUAGCAUUUUGCUCACUUAGAAAAUCCUUGCCUUUGAAUAUUCUUUCUUGUCUACCAUGUAACUGAACAGUGGUUGUUAAGGAGGACAUGAUUCUUCUGCAUGUACUUUGGAAUUCUUAUGUGUGAACUUGAAGAAAAUGGCUGUAGAUAAAUAUUACAUUCAGAACCUGCAGUGUUUGUACAAAGUGAGGGCACACAUCAAACUGUUUACGUAUACGGGAGCAAACCCUUAAUGGAAUUUCAAGUGAGCCCAAGAAGUUGGAAAGUUUUUGUUGCGAUAACAAAUCUCACAAAGAGAAGGUUCCUUGCCCUAAGAAUGCUGAAUUGCUGUCAGUUACAGUGGGAAGAUAUUACCUUGCACCUUUCACCCAGCUAUUACCAGUAGUUCAUCUGCUUCUGUCAAAAUAUCUAUUCUUGGCAGAAUUAGAACAAGAAAUAGAGAUCUUAAAGUUUUAAAAUCAGGAAUCUUAAGUGCCAAAAUGUUUCUUUAGUCAGCACAGUACCAGCACAUAACUUUCAAAACCCAGUAUGCAUAGGAGACUGAUACAGCCGCAAUAUUGGCAUAGUAAUAGGUACCAACUUUCUCACGUUACUAGAAACAUCUGUGUAUAUUACUGUCUUCACAUUUUAUAUUACUAAAGCUUAAAUAAUACAAUUUUAAUAGAACAUACUGUAUUUACUCUGUGUAUUUUAAAACAAAGUUCAUUCACUUUGCAAAUAACUUAUUACUAGUGGAAUUUCACAUUAGUUAAGCUCAAGCUACAUUGCACCCGUGAGUAAUUUUAUUCUACUCUGUGAAUUAAUGGCUUUUUGUAUUGUUGCAGCUGAAAGAAUAUGCCUGUCUUUGAAUUUACUACUUUCUUUCAAUAGCUGCAACACAGAUGCAUAUUUUCAAAAUGUUUGCUGAAUUAGAUAACAGAAAUGGCAUUUUAAAAAUAAUUUGUUAAAAUAUAAGUAGCUGAAAAAUUCACCCCGAAAUUUCUUGUUUUAAAGUUCUCUUAAAGUUAACAGAACAGUUACUUCGGUGCAGAUAACUUUAUUUCAUUAAGUGUUAAACUGGAUAUCUUAUUCACAGAUAGUGGGUUGUUUUUUUUUUCAGUUCCAACUAUUAAAAAUUUCAAGGUACCUUCUUUGUAUCAGCUUUUCCUCAUUGACCCUUUUAAAAAGAUUUUUUAAACCCUUUUUAAAAAACAAAUGAGAUACCCUUAUAAAUUCUAAAGCUUGAGACUGAACUGAAUGGAACUCUAGUUCUGUUUUCUACUGUGCUGUAUAUCAUCCCUAUGAGGAGAGAAAUUGAUUGUUUUUCCUUUUUGUCUUUCAGUCUGCAUCAAUCAGUGGUGCAAAUAAAAGGGACUGUUUGCUGUUUUUAGAAGCACAUUAAACUCCUUUUAGGAGCUUAAAGUAAACUGUAGUCUAAUGAGGAUGAAAGGAUGUGGUGUGAAUAAAUUAUGAAUUUACUGAGUUGGAAAGUUUUCUGUAAUGCAGUAAAAUUUGCACUGGUUUAGAGACUGUUUUGAACUGUUGAAAAAUGGCAUCCAUUUACUGCGCUUUGAUUAACAAGUGUUUCUCUGUGAUGUUUUUGUACAGCUGAAAAAUGUUGCUUGAGUUUAAAAGGGCACUCUACAUAUUCUGAAUUUUGUAUAGAUAUCCUAGAUUAAGAAACAAUUUUUAAUGUGUUUUGCAAAAUAAAAUAAGUACAAAUCCUU